CCCUCUGCCGCAAUCUCGCGUCCGCAUGAUACGCGGAAUUUCCAGAUCGCACCCCAGUCCCACGUUGUUGACUGUCGCUAACGUGAAACCGAGCGUCGCUCGCACGACGCUUCCUCAGAAUCAGAUUCUUGAAAUCCCCACUUCUGUUCCGCGAGGUUGCGUUCCACUCGGUUCGCGAAUCCCGAUCCGCAGGGCUUCUUGCAGUUCACUUCUCUGAUCGUCGGUUUCCUUGGCCGGAGUCGGAUUCAUCUCUAUCCUGAUCUCAGGUGCAUUUUCCGAGAUGGUCGGCCUCGACAUGGAGGGAACCAUUUUUGCUCCCUCAUUGGAGGGCAUGAAGCACGUCAAGUCAGAACAAGGGGAAAUGCUGGCCAAGCCUUUUCUUGAUGUGUGCAAACUGAUAUUGCCCGUCAUUGAUAAGUUUGGUGCUGCUAUGGCACUUGUUAAAUCUGACAUUGGUGGAAAUGUUUCAAGGCUUCAAGCUAAGUAUGAAUCCAAUCCAUCUCAGUUCAAAUUCUUGUACAGUAUGGUACAAGUAGAGGUUGAAACUAAAACAGCCAAGGCAUCCUCUAGUUGCACAAAUGGACUUCUUUGGUUGACAAGAGCCAUGGAUUUUCUGGUCGAACUGUUUCGCAACUUGCUUGCUCAUCCUGAUUGGACUAUGUCUCAAGCUUGCUCGGAUUCGUAUGGCAAGACUUUAAAAAAGUGGCAUGGCUGGCUUGCAAGCUCAAGUUUCACUGUCGCCAUGAAGCUAGCUCCCGAUAGGAAAAAGUUCAUGGAUGUGAUAGGCGGCUCUGGUGAUGUGAAUGCUGACAUGGAGAAAUUCUGCACUAACUUUUCUCCUCUUCUGGAAGAGAAUCACAAGUUUCUGGCUGGUGUUGGCUUGGACGAUCUGAAAGCUUCGUAAUGAAUCAAAUCUACCAAGGGCGGCAUGCUUCUACCGCACUCAUAGGCGUCUCCGUCCAUGCAUUGCUUUUCGAUCCACAUAAAAUAAACCGUCGGUUGUAAAUGAACCAUCAGUCAUUGAACAUGGUUCAUAUUUUUGGACAGAUUGCCAACUACUGUAGGAGACUGUGGGGUUCAGAACUUCAGCUUGCAUUCUAAUCAUCUGCUGUAUUUUUUUUUUCCUAUGGAUAUCUUGUUUGGAAGGGAAAACUAGAGUUUGGACUUGAAUGUCAGAGGCCGAGACCUCGACCCAUUUCGCAGAAAACCGUAAGCAUUAUUAUGUUUGGUCA